AACCGCUCAGCCACGGAGCCAGCCCCACAAUUUAAUUUUAAAAUACUAAUCUUGUUUACACCUUUUCUCCCAAAUGACAACUCAAAUAAUUGCAGCUUUUUCAACCUCAAACAUUUCAAAACAACAAGAAAAAGAAAGCUCUCUUUCCCAUAUAAGAACUCAAAUUUUUGGCUACCUACAACUUGUGAGCUGACUUUAUAAUUUUUCAUCAGUAUCUAUGCCUUCUCAGGCCACUGAACUACUUUUAGAAGUAGACAGUGUUGCUGAUAAUGCAGUACAUCCUGUAAAUUCAACCUCUGCAAAUCACGCCAUCCAGGGCAACUGACUUGGUGAGCAAAAUCUCCAUGCUCACCUGGUCAGCUUCAUCUAGAAAAAUGAGUCUUCUAGCCAAGGUUACAGUGCUUGUUUCUGCCCUGAGUAUGCAAGGAAGUUAAAUAUAACCUCGACAUUUCGAUGAACUUUGUGAGGUUAUUGAAGGUUUGUAUUUUCAAAUGCCUCUGAUUAAUCAAAUUUAAUUAACAGAGAAAAUAUUUAUUUAUGUACAUAGAUAGUGGGGACUAUAUCCUCUUCUUGUUUGUUAUGAGAGGAGAGCAUGGAGAAAAAUCUUGAGAAAAAAUAAGAAUAUCCAUCUUCAAAUAUUUUCAGAAUAUAAAAAAAAUUCUAUUUAGAACGCUCAGAAACUUACACAUGAUAGGAUGUUUUAUCACAGACUCUGGCACAGGAGAUUCCUAGAAAUUAGAAAAAUAGAAUGUUUCUAGUGUAAUAGUGAAUGCAAAAGUAUAUACUCCAAGAAAUAGUUUUUUACAAAAAUGAAGUGGAAACAAGACUCUUAAAACGAGUGUUGAAUAUUUUCCUUUCUGGUUUUUGUUAUUUGUAAAUUGUUCCUUCAGCCACCAAGUGAUACGAUGGUUUCUGAGCAGUGUUUACCUUUGUGAUAACUUCAUCUCCCCCUGUUGUUCAAACUGAUAAAACACAGCCCUCCGGACUCGGGCAAGGUGCUCCCUUCCUGUUAUUUGUAAGCAGACAUGAAGCAGACAGGCCCCUUCUGAAGUUUUCUGCAUGCUGUGUUUUCUCUCCUCGCUGCAACAAGAAAAGCCUUUUUUUUAAUCUGGCUUCCUUUGAAGAAGUGACUCAGACAUCUUCAUGGCCUCUAAAGAUGCACAGAACCACAGAACUAGAGGUCUCCCUGGUUUUCUUCCCGGAGCUCCAGGCCCAGAUCGCAGCCUUCAGCUCUCACCUCCCAACCCAGCGAACCAAGUGUGGCAGCCGGGUCUCGUUCCACCAGGCGGUCUCCCUCCUGGUCUAGAAUAUUUAAGCCAGCUAGACCUGAUAAUUAUACACCAGCAGGUGGAGCUUCUUGGAAUGAUACUCGGCACUGAGACCUCCAACAAAUACGAGAUUAAAAACAGCUUGGGACAAAGACUUUACUUUGCAGUGGAAGAAAGCAUCUGCUUCAAUCGUACUUUCUGCUCCACCCUGCGAGCUUGUACUCUGAAGGUCACAGAUAAUGCGGGUCGGGAGGUGAUGACAGUAAACAGACCCCUGAGGUGUAACAGCUGCUGGUGCCCUUGCUCCCUACAAGAGUUAGAAAUCCAAGCUCCUCCUGGUACUAUAGUUGGUUAUGUUGCACAGAAGUGGGACCCCUUUCUGCCUAAAUUCACAAUCCAAAAUGCAAACAAAGAAGAUAUUUUGAAAAUUGUUGGUCCUUGUGCAACAUGUGGCUGUUUUGGUGAUGUGGAUUUCGAGGUGAAGACCAUUAAUGAAAAGCUCACAAUCGGGAAGAUUUCAAAGUACUGGUCAGGAUUUGUAAACGACGUUUUCACCAACGCUGACAACUUUGGAAUUCACGUUCCUGCGGAUCUGGAUGUGACGGUCAAAGCCGCCAUGAUCGGCGCUUGUUUCCUCUUCGAUUUUAUGUUCUUUGAACAUUCACUGGCUGGACUAUAACAGGCAAGAUGACAAAAGCAAUAAAAUAUGCAGAACAUUUUUCAAAAUCCCUUGGGCUGUGGAUUUCAUUUCUGAAUGGUUUGAGUAUUUGCUUUUUUUUUGUAACAAAAUGUUAAUUAUUAUAUUUAUUAAAGCGUAAUAUAAUGAAGCAAUUA